GUAGACAUCUUUGAACGUGAGUACUGGACUUUUCUUAAAAGCGUUUUUGCUGUAUUUUUGGAGGGGAGUAGGGUCUUUGUGGAUACAGGAAACGUGUUAAAAACUCCGGGUUUUUACAGAUGUGCCAUGUUUAUGUCAAAAUAGACACAGACUGUGAGUUUAGCGCUGCAGCCCUGCAGAAGAGACGGUGCUGAGCAUCCAUUCUCCAGUGGUCUUCACCUGAAAAACCCUGUUGCUGCUUCAGCUUAAGGGUUGUGGUUGUAAAUCAGCAGGGGCCUCACCAUGGAGCAGGAGAAGAAUGAUGGGAUAAACAAAGACACAGUCCUUCCACUUCCAAUUCAGCAGAAUAGACCCGCUCUGUCAUGUGGAUUAAAGAUCAGGAAAAUGAUGAAGACUGUGCCUCCUUGUUUGGGGAAGUUCAGGCCAGUUGUGGGCCAGUGCUGCCACCAGUGCACCCCAGACAGUCUGAGCAAGAAACUUGGACAAAACUAUUCCCUUGGUUUCCACAACCUACUGAGUGUCAAUGAGACACAAACCAGGUAUCGAGGCUGGCUGGUGCGGAGGGUGUGCUGCGCCCUGUUUGUGAGUGGGUGCAAGGUUUACAGCAGUCCUGUUAGCGGCAGGAUCCAGCGAGUCUGUCAGAGUAACAGGGUGAAGAAGGCGCUCACAGCAGAGCACAAAGCACCUGAGGGGGGAGACGGCCACGGGCAGCUAGAUUGUCUCUCACCAUUCCUCCCCCUCAUUAACACCUGCAUCUCCUCUGGCGUCUUAAGAUUCGUGGGCUGGGCGAUGCUGAAGAUGUUUGCUUCUGUGUUCGGCAGUAUUCAAGUUAACCUCAACCAUCUGUCGGCUUUACACAGAGCCUCACAAGAGGGAUCUCUGCUGGUUUAUGUGUACGUGCGUCAGAGCGCCGUGGACUGCGCUCUCAUCCCUCUCGUGCUCUUCUGUCACAGCCUCAGAGUCCCGUACACUGUUUGUCCUCUCCAAAUUAAGAACGCCUCCCUAAGAUCAAUCCUGCAGAAAGUAGGUGUUGUCCUCCUGCCACCCUCUGCACGUACUGAGGAGGAUGCUGAGAUGGACACACUGUACCAAUCUGUCAUGACUGCUCUGGUACGUGAGCUGCUACAUGAGGGCCAGGCAAUAAGUAUUGGUGUGUCAGAGAGGUCUGGCCUGGGUGGCCAGUGGCUGGCUCGCAUCAGGCAGCUCAUCAAAGAGGGAUCUGUCCCCGACGUCAGUCUGGUCCCCGUGGGCAUCUCGUACGAUUGUGUACCCAAGACCUACAUUCAGGUGGAUGUUGGGUUGAGAUCUAUCUUCCAGUGGUUGUGGUGCCUUUUCUGUGGGAGGCCAGAAGGAAGUGUGAGGAUUCACCUCGGCCAGCCUUUUUCUGUCAAGGAGAUGUGCGAAUCAGGCAGGUGCAGAGUAGAUGAAUGGCUCCCUCUACAGGACCUGUUGCUUCCUGUUAUCCUCAACAACCGCGCUGGCAGAGCGUUCGGGCAGAGGAGAAUGUCGUGGCUCCUGCCGUCUUCUUAUUAUGCAUCUGAACUCGAGGAGCCAAGUCGGUCGGAGAGAAACCUCAGCAUUGCCAUCAUCCUCCACCUCAUCUUCUCUGCAACUUCCUGCAUGGCUGUGAUGCCCACCAGUCUUAUGUCCAGCCUUCUGCUGUACAAACACCGCAAGGGUGUAAGUACAUCUGUUCUGUGUCGUGAUGUGGCUUGGCUCACAGAGGAACUUUUGUUCAGGAACAAAGACGUCGGCUUUGGGGGAAGUUUGACAGAGGUUGUCCACUACUCCCUGUCUCUGCUCGCCCCUCACCUCAUCAUAGCUGCUGCACCAUCCAAGAAAGACCCAUUGAUUGUGCCCAGUCCUUCUCUUGCUGCCACGCUUCACCUCUGCUACAUGGCAAAGACGGUCACACACGCCUUUAUAUUGGAGGCUGUUGGGGCGUGUGCGGUGUCAGCCAUGCUGUGCGAGGUGGCUCACAGUGGCGUCAGCAGCAGCGUGCGGAGUGACGUGGAAGGAGAGGAGGUCAAAGGUGACACGGAGUUUGAUGUGGUGCUCUGCCAAUCUGAGCUCACUGCAAGAGCCUUGCAGCUCUGCCAUCUCCUGCCUCCGGGCUUCAUGCCACCUUGUCAGUCUUCCCAGAGUUUCGCGCUGGAUGCCAUUGACAGUCUGGUUCGCUGUGGCAUCCUGAUCCAGGAAGAAAUUCCCAGGGAUGUUCCCAUCUGUGAUUUCUGGAAGAAAGAGGACGGUCCUCUGACCUGGACCACUUCUGACGAUCCUUAUCACAGCGAUUCUGACUGCGAGGAGCCGGACCUUUGCUCCUAUAAGAUACGACAGCCAAGUCACUGUCCAGAGAUGCUCUUCUUCCUCUGCAGAAUGCUAGCUGGACAUCUCAGGGCACUAUGCUGGACAACUAUGGGGCUGGAUCUCUUUGAGAUGCCUCUGGCUGAAGCUGAGUUUGUGGCUCAAAUACACUCACAUCUUUGUGACACAGCAAAUAAGAAGAAACAGCACUAUGAGAGCUGCUCAGAGGAGGCGGCGCACACUGCAGUCAGAACACUAAUAGACCUGGGGGUCCUCUUGGAGGAGUGGCAGAAGGAAGGCGUCUUCCUGGCUGUUAGUCCUUUGUUCCAGUUGUCAGAAAACAGGCAGAAACUGCACCGCUUCAUCUCUCAGUACCUCUACAAUUAAUACAUUUAACUGAGCAGCAUGACUCAAGGCUUCAACGCGGCUUUGUUUUCUUGCCGAGUCUGACCUCAUCCUCUGUUUGUAUCAAGGAAGCCUGUGUUCAGUUAAAACGGAUGCAUGCUGAGCCGGGACGCUGGUGUCUUUAGGUUAAUUGCAUUUUGAUUUUUCUGUGAUGAGACAUUGAUUUUAAGUUUAUCUUUAGUAAUAGCAUUUGCAUAAAGCUGCAGGAGAGGAGGAUUAUUAAGUCCCUGUAAUCAGUUGUGAGGACUCGCUGUAGGAUGAUGCUGGUUGGUACAGUUUGCGCAUCCACGCAUGUUUAUGUUGUAACGAAGGAUGCAUCAAGUUUUGUGUGUUUCAUGAGAAAAUGUUUGUUUGGUUCUUUAUGCUCAAAUAAAAGUUCCUGUCUCAUCGUGACUUGAACAAAAGCGCAAAAAGUUCACUGUGUACAAACUAAACCAACUACAGCCCUUUAAAGUAGUUUAUUAGUUAUAAUCUCUUGCACACAGUCAUGGUUCUGAGCUGCUCUUCCUGGAUGUAGAUCAUUCAGUGCUGAGUCAGACCUCUGGAGAGUCUGUAUGUCUCACGUAGACCUUUUGACAUCAAGAUGCAGAGACAAAUCGAUGGCUUGCUUUAAUGGGGACUUGGAGGCCUCUGUAUUUUGGCGUUUACAGCUGACUGUUUGUACAGUCACAUGCCAGUGCAGCUGUUUUCACUCCUUCAGCGAGCACAGACCACAGCUGCAGCUGCCAUCGGCCGUGAGAAUCUACUGCCAUCCAGUGUUGAGCUGAGGAUACUGAGUCCUCAAUAGUUGUGGAACUGGCCUCUAGCCAUAGCCCACUCAGAACAGAAAUUAAAUUAGAAGGUUUGCAUUUGAGUAUCUGUUUAAGAGCAGCUACCGAGACUUAAAACAGAGGAUUUGCAUAAUAAGAAAUGUGAGCUGCUCUCACGUGGAAAAAAUAAAAUCAUGAACACCUUUAAAAACAAACAAAAAACAGGCUAGGGAUUGAUUGGCUGUGGCAUUUUAAAGUCGCAAUUCAGAUGAUGCAAAAUACUUUUUUUUCCCAAGUUGUUAUAAUUAUUAUACAGUUGCCAGUGGGGGGUGAACUAAUUUAGCAUUUUUUCCAUUAAUUUCUGUGAAUAUGUAAGUCUGAUUUCAUAUUCGAGGCAUUCCUUUAGUCUUCACAAUUAAAAACAAGAGGGCUGAAGAUUCCCUCUGCACUGCGCAUGAAGCGAGGCUGUGGAUCCAGAAUAAUAGAUGGAUCUGGGUUAGUUUGUUUUCUCAAGAACUUCAAACAGUGUCUCCAAAUCUUCCUUACGUCCAGUUUUCCCUGAUUUCACAACUGUAAAGGGUCCUUCCAGAAACUCGUGAAUCCAGAUUUGGAUCCAGAUUAACUCCGAAAGUUUAUCUUGGGCCAAUCCCCGCCUUCGGUGAACACUUUCAUGCAGAUCUUUUCAUAACUUGUUUAGUAAUUCUCUUGGCAAACAGACAAACCAAACUAAUCACGUAACAUCCUUGGAUGAGGUAAAAAUCUCCUCUGUGACUCGUGAAGAUUGCCUGAGGUUUUUUGUUGGGGUAUUUUAAGGUUAGCGAGACACUGAGCUGCAAAGCACUCCACUUUGACCAUAUAUGUUCAACAAAAAGUUAACUGAUCUUAAACUGGAGCAGUUUACAAAUUAUAAGGGAUACAGUGGUCGAAAUGUAGCUGCCAGUUUGAGGAUGUCGACAUGUCACACUGCUGCAAAUUGCAAACAAGCACACUGAAUCCAUCCUUGAAGCUCUCUGUCAGACAUUUGUAUUUAAAAGCUGCUACAUGAGUCGAAACACAGAUCGAAGUAAUUACAGAGAUUUUUCUCCCGGGCAGUAAAAACAAAACAAAACAGUUGGAAAGCAGCAUUUUUUAAUUUAAUUAAUUUCCUCACAUGUAGUAAUCUGUUUUCUUUCUUUUAUGGGAAAGAUGAUGUUCUUUCACUUCUGACUGAAGUUUUAUACACAGUCUUUGAUCCUGAAAUUAAUCAUAAUUAGAAAUACUUUUUACGUCAAUGUCAAAAUAUUUUUUUAUUUUUACGUAAAAAGAAAAAUCAGUAGGUUCACGGUUUCUUCUGCACAGCACGAGUGGGCGGCUGCUGACGGAGGGUAUUUUUUACAGCCCGUGAUGACUCUGAGGUUGAGUCACAUAAUUACUCUGUUUUGUGUAGUAAAAGAAAAUAACACAUUUUCUCUCCUCACAAUUACUGAAGUAUCAUGAAUAAAACAUUCAUCAGGCA